AUGGAUAGCAGGUCUAGGCGAAACCAACCCGGAAGUCGUCCCGACUUUCCAUGGUAUAAUUUUCCACGAAAUGUAAAUACCGAAAUUUAUACAAAAUGGAAUGCCAAACUCGAUUGGGUGAAGCAACGUAUGGUUCAUGUCCCUGCAUUUGUGGUUUGGUAUUGGAUGGGUUCAACCGGUUUAAUGGAGGCAAUGGAACCCUUUCUUGAUAAGGUGUUUGAAAGCAUUCAUGGACCAUUCGUUUGUAUGGGGUGGAGAAGGAUUUUUCAGAUUCAAGAGACUGUUUACAAGGAGUUAGUAAUGGAGUUCUUAUCUACUGUUUCAUUUGCAAGGAAAACUGGUAUUUAUGCGGAUGACAAUUUGACUUUCUGCCUUGGUGGUGAGAGGAGAACACUGAGCCUUGCUGAUUUUUCCAUCAGAAUAGGGAUUUAUCUUCCAUCUGAAGUUGAUUCUGAAUCCUACCAGCAGUAUAUUGCAGAUUGUGUGAGGGAUAUCGAGGGGUUCAAGGCUGAAGAACAUUGGUAUGCAAUAGCUAAUGAUAACCAACUCCCACAUUUGACUCUUCCUCUCCUUCCCUUUUUUCUCCUAUCGGCCUCAACUACACCUCUACAAGUCGCACCUUCAAUCCGGUGUUACUUCCGCCUCCGGUUUCAUCUGAUUCCGGCGCUUCUGGAACCGCCAAGCGUCCGCCUCCGCCGCUACUGGCUCCGCCAAGCGUCCGCCACCGCUGCUGAUGUCUCAGUUCGUCGCCUUUGCUUCCACCAGCUUCUUCCUCGGUUAACUCUCAUUCAGCUACACCAGAGAUGAAGAAAACGAAAAAGUGACAAGUAUAGAAAAGGGACGAUGGACAUACUUAUAAUGAGAGUCAAAACAUACACAAAGCUUUGUCAUACACAACCACACACAAAUGUUUGUGUUUAUACCAAAAAAUGUAAUAAGAAAUUGACAUAUGAAGAAGAGAUCACGUUCCUGAUUUUCCUGCAAUGUGAGUUGAAAGGACCAAAAGGGCUAUUUGGGAGAUUUUGAGCGGGAAAAAUAGCUUGCGCUCUUUUAUUAGUAUAGGAGAUCGGCG